AUGAAGCUUCUAAUCUUGGCAGCGCUGCUCGGGCUGAGCUUUGCUCAGUUCAACCCUAACACAAAACAUGGAAGAACUUCCAUUGUCCACCUGUUUGAAUGGCGCUGGGCUGAUAUUGCUGCAGAAUGUGAGAGAUAUCUUGCACCAAACGGCUUUGGUGGAGUUCAGAUCUCCCCUCCAAGUGAGAGCAUUAUCGUAACAAACCCGUCGCAUCCUUGGUGGCAGAGAUAUCAGCCAAUCGGCUAUAAACUGUGUUCCAGAUCAGGAAAUGAAAAUGAGCUGAGAGAUAUGAUCACGAGAUGCAACAACGUUGGGGUGAACAUCUAUGUAGAUGCAGUCAUCAACCACAUGUGUGGAGCCGGUGGUGGAGAGGGUACACACUCCAGCUGUGGUUCAUAUUUUAAUGCCAACAAAAAGGAUUUCCCUUCAGUUCCAUACUCAAACUUGGACUUCAACGACGGAAAAUGCCACACCGGCAGCGGAAACAUUGAGAAUUACAACGAUGUCAAUCAAGUAAGAAACUGUCGUCUGGUUGGUCUUCUGGACCUUGCUUUGGAGAAGGACUAUGUUCGAGGUAAAGUGACGGACUACAUGAACAAGCUUAUUGACAUGGGUGUGGCCGGAUUCAGAGUGGACGCUUGUAAGCACAUGUGGCCUGGUGAUCUUUCUGCUGUUUAUGGAAGACUCCAUAAUCUCAACACUAAGUGGUUUCCCUCUGGAUCCAAAUCUUUCAUCUACCAAGAGGUUAUUGAUCUUGGCGGAGAGCCCAUCACAUCAAAUCAGUAUUAUGGACUUGGAAGGGUCACUGAGUUCAAAUAUGGCGCUAAGCUUGGCACUGCGAUUCGCAAAUGGAAUAAUGAAAAACUGUCCUUCCUUAAGAACUGGGGUGAGGGUUGGGGUAUGAUGCCUUCUGAUAAAGCCCUAGUAUUUGUUGACAACCAUGAUAACCAGAGAGGACAUGGAGCUGGUGGAGCAUCCAUUCUCACAUUCUGGGAUGCCAGACUUUACAAAAUGGCUGUAGGCCUGAUGUUGGCUCAUCCGUAUGGAGUUACAAGAGUUAUGUCCAGCUACCGAUGGAACCGCAACAUUGUCAAUGGACAGGACACAAAUGACUGGAUGGGACCGCCCAGCUAUGGUGAUGGAUCCACCAAACCAGUUCCUAUUAACCCAGACUCUACUUGUGGAGAUAACUGGGUUUGUGAACACAGGUGGCGUCAGAUCAGGAACAUGGUGAUCUUCCGUAAUGUUGUUAAUGGACAGCCAUUUUCUAACUGGUGGGACAAUGGGAAUAACCAGAUCGCUUUCGGCCGUGGUAAUCGUGGGUUCAUUGUCAUCAACAAUGACAGCUGGGAUCUGGACGCCACCUUAAACACUGGCAUGCCACAAGGCACCUACUGCGAUGUCAUCUCUGGUCAGAAGGAAGGAAGUGGAUGCACUGGAAAGCAGGUGCAGGUGGGAGGAGAUGGACGGGCUCACUUUAAAAUCAGUCACACGGCCGAAGACCCAUUCAUUGCCUUCCAUGCUAACUCAAAACUGUAA